AUGUCCGAAACAUCCUCGACUCUCCCCCAGGGACCUCCAGGUUUCGGCAACUACCCUGCUGUGUCCCGACCAUGGCUAGAGCGCAUGGUUGCCAUCCUAGAAGCCCGAGGCCUGCUCUCACACGUGGCCUGGAAAAAGGCUUUGGAGGAAUUGCGAGAGCUACUUCUCCUGCCUGAAGGCCCUUCUGCCUUUGUCCCUCUGCAUAUUUUGAGCGUGGCCAAGAAGGCUUGCGAUGAAGAUUUCGAGCAUUUCGGAGAUUUCAUCCAUCAAGCGGAGGCGAAUCUGGCGCUCCUUGUGAACAAGCAACGUCCAGUCAGCGGCUGGUCAGCCCAAUGCAUGGCACGUAUGGUUGGUUUCGAAGCCAGCCACGAAGAUGACAACAUUGAGAAGGGACGAGAAGUCUCUUUGAAGGGCCUUCACCACAUGAAGGCCUUUUUCCAUCUACACCAGAAUGGGCGGGUGCUUGCGCUGGUUGGGGGCCACAUUGAAGAGCUUCGAAAGUUUAUUCAAGCCAAGGGCCUUGGGGCGCAUUUGCCCUCAUUCUAUUAG